UAAAAACAAAUGAUAACUUUGUAGGAGGAACUUUUUUUUAACUAGGUAAAUAUAGCAAAUUUAAAAGGAAAUUAAUUCCUGAUAAAAAAAAAGAAUUUAAACGGAAAUUCCAGAUAAAAAUAAUAAUUGAAAAGGAAACUAGUUUCUUCCAUGUACGUAUAACCGGAAUAUAUAGAACCCAUAUCUCUCUAGAUUGUAUUUUUCAUAAUUUCCAAACAUACCAUUCAAAGCCUAUAAAUACCCCCUUCGACCCUUUUAACUUCUUGCCAUCUCUCCAACACAAAGAUGGUGAAACCAAUGAUGAGAGUUCUUCUCACGCCCCUCUUCAUCUUCUUCUCCCUCUCCCUAGCAACUGCAGCAAUACACAAUGUGGUCACACUGGGAGCCAAAGGAGACGGAACAUCCGACUCGACCAACUCCUUCCUCAGCGCCUGGCGCGCAGCUUGUGACUCGGUAUACCCGGCCACAAUCUACGUUCCUCCAGGUAAAUACUUGGUCGGAAAAACUGUAUUCAGCGGCGUGUGUAAAAGCAGCGCCAUCGACAUUCAUAUCAACGGCACCCUCUUGGCUCCUGCUGAUUAUCGCGUUAUCAGUAGUUCGGAUAACUGGCUUGUGUUUGAGCGUGUGACCGGUGUUUCGAUUUACGGUGGUGGGACUCUUGAUGGUCAAGGAACUGGUUUGUGGGCUUGUAAAGCCUCCGGACAGAGUUGCCCUAUGGGAGCUACGACGCUAGAAUUCACUAAUUCGGACAACAUAUCGAUCAGCGGAAUAAGGUCAGUAAACAGCCAGAUGUUCCACAUCGUUAUCAACAACUGCAACAAUGUCAAGGUGCUAGGAGUGACGGUGCAGGCCUCCGGCAAUAGCCCUAACACAGACGGCAUUCACGUUGCUUCAUCAUCCGAGGUCACGAUUAUGAACUCCAAUAUCGCUACUGGUGAUGAUUGCAUCUCGAUCGGUCCGGGCACUACCAAUUUGUGGAUUGAGCAGAUCAAUUGCGGCCCUGGACAUGGUAUUAGCAUUGGCAGUCUAGGUUGGGAACUACGAGAACCUGGAGUGCAGAAUGUGACGGUUAAAACAGUUACUUUCACAAGUACAAGCAACGGCGUGAGGAUAAAGACUUGGGGCAGACCCAGUAAGGCGUUUGUUGACGGAGUUGUUUUCCAGCAUCUUGUAAUGCUCAAUGUUCAGAAUCCCAUCCUAAUUGACCAAAAUUACUGUCCACACAACCACAAUUGUCCCACUCAGAAUUCGGGUGUGAAGAUUAAGGAUGUGACGUAUCAAGACAUUCACGGAACAUCAGCAACAAAAGUCGCAGUUAGAUUGAGUUGUAGUAAAAAGAAUCCAUGCAGAAAGAUAAAAUUGGACGACGUCAAUCUCAGCUACGCCGGCCAUUCACCGGCAGAAGCAUCAUGCGUCAAUGCCGAAGGAACAAGUUCGGGCUUAAUUGAGCCUACUAGCUGCUUGUAGGAGUCGCGCAAUCAGAUGCCCAAGAUCUUUUUAAGAACAAAUUAAAUAUAGAAAGGUACAAGCAGAAGAAGCAUAUAUACUAAUUGAUUGAAUAAAGUCGCCUGUUAAUUUGAGCCCGUGGCAUUGUCCAGCUAUAUAUAAGAGCUUGAAGCCUGGCCUUGCA